AUGGAAGUCGCGCACAAGGUAGCGGAAAGCGUGUCGAACGUGGCAGGUGCAGCCGAGGAGUUCGCGCGACAAAUGACGGAAGGACAAGAGGCCGCUGCCGAGCAGAGCAAGGAGGACGUCGAGAUGAAGGAUGAGAGCGAGAAGAAACUGUCGCUGGAGGAGAGGAGAGCGAAGCUCGAGCAGCUCCGGAACAAAAUGCGCUCUUCCGCCAUCGCAAACCGCCAAUCCCUCGUCGAAGAGUCACAAAAGCAGAAACUUGGCGCGAAGGAAGCUGCACGUUUAGACCGGCAGCGCAAGCUGGCCGAGACACUCAGGCUGAAGGCCGAUGCGGAGGAGCGCGGCGAGGAUAUUGAACGCCAGAAGAACUGGGAGUAUACGAUUGAGGAGAACGAUGAGUGGGAGAAGAAGAAAGCGAGGAAGGCGCGCAGGGCGGAUUUCGAGUUCCAUGAUGAUGCACAUGCGGCGAGGAGGAAGUAUAAGAAGGACUUGGAUUACAUCAAGCCUGAUCUCGCUGCGUAUAAUCGGCAGAAAGAGGUCGCGCUAGGUCUCGCACCAGGUACACUUCUUAUACCGUCCAGUCAACAGCAACAGCUUGCGGCGGAGAGUCUCUACCGGGAUGCCAACACACUGCUGUACGCGGACAACAAACCAAGCGAGGAGGCUAUCGAUCGCGUGGUAGAGAAGCUGAACAGAGAUAUCGACAAGAAGCGCAAAUUUCACCGCAAGCGCGCCAACGAGGAUGAGGGCGACAUCACAUACAUCAACGAGCGGAACCGUGUAUUCAACAAGAAGAUCGCACGGUUCUACGACAAGUAUACUGCCGAGAUCCGCGCAAGCUUCGAGCGUGGUACCGCUCUAUAA